CUCCUCAGUUUCUCAGUGUCAAGCUUAAGGCAAACAUGAACGGCAGCAUCUCAAUCUCUCCACUGGCUCUGCUUAUCUGCGUUGGCCUUAUCAGUCUGAGCACAGGCGAUGCAAGUGUGGGCAGCACAGUUUCCUUGACCGUCAAGGAGAUUGAACGGCUCUACAAUGAGGUGUUGCAGACAAGCUUGGAUGACGCCCGGACAAAACUGAGCCAUUUAAACGACAGCAAUGCCAUUGAUAGGCAAUAUUUUGAUGAGCUCGAUAAGAUUGUGGGCACUGAUAGUUACUAUAGCAGCGCAUACUUUAUAUUUGCCCUGAUCAAUAGCUCUCUGUUCGAUCAAUCAGAACCUGACCAACUGCUGCUGCAGGUGCUGCCGAGCGAGAAGAUCUGUAUACGAAACUUCUUUGUCAAAGUUCGAUUGGAACUGCUGAAAUACUUUGCAACCAGACAACAGACCACAGUCGAACUAAUACGAAAUGUGACGCGCUGGCAACAGGCCACAGAAAAUAGUAUCGUGCUGGCCUUCUUGGAGUUUCCACAAAAACUGCAAGAUCAGGUGCCAGAGCUACAGUUGAUGGACUAUAUGCAGCAGGCAAGGGGCUUAGUAGAGGGCAUUGCACAAGCAUUACAAGCAACUCUACCACAAUAACCACAGCAUAUAGGAAAUGUUAUGUUUGUAUACUUUUUAACUACCUACACAGUUUUUAUUCUAUAUCAUAAAGUAUAUAUGUGCGUGGUCAAUAGCCGAAUUGUUAUAGCCAAGUUUGCCUGUGUUUGCUUUAAUGAUCAAACUUGACGUCGUUUCUUUUUGCUGCAAUUGGACUUGGACAGAUCGGACCUAUAUAUCAUAUAACUUCCGUAGGCACAAACGGUCAAAUGUAAAAAGCUUUUAGCUUAAAAAAAACUUGUUAAAA